AUGAUACUCAGUAUUAUGGGUUUGUUUGGCGUCACGCUUCCUGUGGGCGACUUCAGAGCAGAGGAUCGCGUCAAGGCAACACUCAGGCUGCUCCAGGAACUCACGAACCGCAAUGGACAAGCUGCAAACUGGCUGUAUAUCGCGCCUGAGCUGCCUCCGUCGCCACAUCUCUCGACGCUGCUCGUUAUGCCCGAAACAUCAGAGAGCGGGAGGGCAUACGUGAUGACACCUGACGGAAGAAAGGCUACCCCUGAGCUCAUCCGUGAAAGAUGGGACAGCAGGGGUGCACCGUUUGGCAAGGUCAACGACAGGGGAUAUUUCAUAUUUUCUGCGCGAGCAGCGAAGGUCGUUGAACUUGCGGAUUUGCAUUGGAAUGGAACCAGAUCCCAGCUCGCUUCAAGCGGCUUCAACAAACCAGCAAAACAGCGUGUAGUCGCAGAGACAAAUGGGUCGUCAAUAUUGGGCGCCACCAAGAGCUCAUUGAAGAUCCAGUCACUGGGCAGUCGAAGGGCACAAAGCGUGGAGAUCCUCCGCCAGUUGGCUUUACAGAGUUAG